GCUAUGAUUAAUAAUCACGGUUAGGUCCCUGGCGAGCGCCCACCACCAAACCCGGAACCACCGGGCGGAAAUGUCUCGUUUUUAUAUAAAAGCCCCUGUCUCCGUCUCCGGUUAGCAGGAGAGAGAGGACGGGUGGAGGCCAAGAACGCAGCACGACUGCACAGCACCAGCUGCCGACCGACCGCGGGCGGAGCUGACCCCCCGACCCGAUCAGAUCCCUCGCCGCUCGCCCUCUCAGAUCUCCCCGCGCGCGCCCCUCCCAGAUCCAGCUCCGAGCACCUGGAUUUUCCAAGAGGUCCUGCCGGCGGCGGUCCGCGUCUGGAAGCUCGUCGGCUGCUGCUGCUGCCGCUUCUUGCUUCCCGUGCUCUGUAGCGAAGGCGGCCGGCGGAGAUGGGGCUGGCGGGGGAGAAGUUCCAGCUGGGGACGGUGGGGGCGCUCAGCCUCUCCGUGGUCUCCUCGGUCUCCAUUGUCAUCUGCAACAAGGCGCUCAUGAGCGCCCUUGGCUUCAUCUUCGCCACCACGUUGACAAGCUGGCAUCUCCUGGUUACAUUCUGUUCGCUUCAUGUGGCAUUAUGCAUGAAGCUCUUUGAGCACAAACCUUUCGACGCAAGGACCGUCAUGGGGUUCGGAGUGCUCAAUGGCAUCUCAAUUGGGCUUCUCAAUCUGAGUCUGGGUUUCAAUUCUGUUGGUUUCUAUCAGAUGACAAAGCUGGCCAUUAUUCCCUGCACUGUUAUAUUGGAGACUCUUUUCUUCAGGAAGAAGUUCAGUCGCUACAUCCAGCUCUCCCUUAGUGUGCUCCUUUUUGGUGUUGGAGUUGCAACUGUGACUGAUCUGCAGCUCAAUGCUAUGGGAUCUGUGCUGUCUUUACUGGCAAUCGUCACAACCUGCAUUGCUCAAAUUAUGACCAAUACAAUUCAAAAGAAGUUCAAAGUAUCAUCAACUCAGCUGCUGUACCAAUCAUGCCCAUACCAAGCAUUGACCCUGUUCAUUGUUGGUCCAUUCCUGGAUGGAUUUCUGACUAACAAAAAUGUCUUUGCUUUUGCAUACACACCUCAAGUUCUGUUCUUCAUCGUGCUGUCGUGUCUGAUAUCAGUCUCGGUGAACUUCAGCACUUUCCUUGUGAUUGGGAAGACAUCUCCUGUAACUUACCAAGUCCUUGGCCAUCUAAAGACGUGCUUGGUUCUUGCCUUCGGCUAUGUCUUGCUGCACGAUCCGUUUAGCUGGAGAAAUAUACUUGGAAUCCUGAUUGCAGUGGUUGGGAUGGGAUUAUAUUCAUACUUCUGCACCCGUGAAGCUCCAAAGCCCACUGAAGCCUCUCCACAAGUCAUUCAGGUGAAAGAAGGCGAAUCAGACCCUUUGAUCGCAGACUCCUUGAACGCCGCCGAGAACGGGGCCGCUGCAGCCACCGACGAGCCUCUGAAGGUCCCCAUGUGGAGCUCCAAGUACGCACGGGCAUGAACGCUGCUCCUCCAACCUCUGAAGGUGCCCACGUGGAGCUCCAAGCGCUCGCGGGCAUGAACGCCGCUUCGGACCUUGGUUCAUGGUAUUAUAUACAUAAUUAUUCAGUUUAGUAGGCAGAUAGUGGGGCUGGAAGGAAGCCAAGCCAGCCCUGAGUGUAAUGAACGUUCCUUGUUCCAUUUGGCUUACCAUGCAUGCCUGUGGUGCUGUUGUAAAAGUGGAUCUCACUCCAAAUGGCAGAUCUACCUUUGUUGAAGCUAAGAUACAAAAUUGCAAAUUCUGGGCAGGGGAUCUCUUGUAUUAUUUUUCGCAUGUUCAGCUCCCGAUCCGCGGUUGUAACUUUGGUCGCAAGACAUAAAUAUCAACACGUAGUUUACAUUCUUUUUU